AUGAACGCGGACUCGGACGUUGCCAAGUAUACUGCCAAAAAGCCCCAUCAGCCCGCCCUGAACGAGGACUACAUCCAAACAGACAUCCAAACCCUCAAAGCAUUCCUUCUGCUUACAACCGACGUAUGUCGAGGUUGUGAGACUGAGGAUGCGGUGACAUUACUAGAAAUUCAACGUUCUCGUGGUCUAGUGACUCUUCAUCUCCCAACAUCGGGUCCGAUGCCGACCAACACACAACUUACUAAAUUCGAAAUCGAUCGAAUUAUCGAGGGAUACCCACCAUUCUACCGGGAACAAUUUGAAACUACUGGAGGCGUCAUACUCCCUUUUCCGACAAAACAUAGCGGCCAUAUACAGCGAGGGGCGUGGGUGCUAAGUGUUGGGAUGACAACAAGUAGUGGGCCGACACCGUGCUUGUAUAAUAUGCCACGAAUCAGCCACGAAAAGCCUAACAUAUACUGGAGAGGGACCUAUGUUUUGACGGCUUUUAAUAUGAUCGAUCGGACUUUGGCUCAACUGAAAGCUUAUGAGGAGCGCCAUGGUGGUCAUUUUCGAUCGAAUCCAACCAGCCACGCAUGGUGUCAAGACGCUUUGACAUGUUUUGACAUGAUCAUGACAUCCGAGUAUUCGUCGCAGCCAUGGGCUCUAAAGAAAGAGCAAGUCGAAGUAUCCGACCUAUUCAAGUCGAUCAUGGGCGACUGUUCCUGUUAUCGCACAUGUAUUAGGGAUUCAGACCACUCGGUUGCGUGUGGCCGAAAUCAACACAAAAAGAAAGACCCAGCAAAGGCUCUUAAUCAGGAGCAAUGUAUUGCUGCUCUUGAGUUAUUCAACAACUAUCAGCAUACGGAGCGAAAUCUGCAAAUCAUUUGGCCAGUGCUGCCGGAAGUCUUGCAGAGUGUAGUUCUUGGGAUGUCUGAGGUGGAACAAUACUUUUCGUACAGGGGUCAAAAACUUGAACUUCCAAGGGAUGUUGCAGAACAACGAUACAUUUACAUUAGACGAUGCUCUAAAGAUAGGUAUUAAUUGAG